AUGAGUGUUCCUACGGUGCUGGCGCCUGUUUCUGGGACAGACUCGUCGAAGAAUCUAUCUGGAAUCCGGCCCGAGCCUGAACCCAGGAUUGCUCCCUCAACUGUCGGCUCUGAAACUCCGGUUUCAACUCAAACUAACAUGAUCGAACUCGCACAUUCAAUGCCAUUUCCUACCAAUAAUGCUGCUGGUAUAGAUACAUGUUCUAUCCCGGAAUCUGGAACUUGGUUCCUUGAAGAGGACUUCGACGUCGGAGCCCUAGAUUUCUCACUUACAUCUACAAUUUCAGAGUGGGCACAUAUUCCAAAUGUCUUCCCUACAAAUGAGCUGUCGGUUGGGGAACAAGACAUGUAUACACCCUUGCAAACUUCAGCUCCCAGUGUGGACUCGGCGAAUCCGAGUCCCGACGAGGAAAUAGUGCGAAGAAAAUGGUUCACUCGCAUGUCUCCCCCAAGAGAACAUCAUUCAAGUCGAGACUUCCCUGUAUCAGGCCCAACGUGUACAGGCCAUACAAAUAGUACAACUGAGUCGUAUAGAGCCGGCCUAUCCCAGAAGCUUCGACCACGGAUGGAAGAUGAAGCGUUGCCAACGUCAGAGCAGCUUAAUCUCUUCGCUAAGCUCUAUUUUCAUCGCUUCCAUCCUCUGUUGCCAGUUAUUCAUACUCCGUCGUUUAGACCAACCACUGAAAACGCACUAUUAUUCUUGUCGAUAUGCUCCAUUGGCAGCUUGUUUGUUGGGUCAUCGCGUGCCUUGGCUCAAGGUGCUAAAAUAUUUGAACGACUCAACAAGGCCAUAUUGGCUUCUUGGGAAUCUUUCAUAUCGCGAAGUCACCCAGAUGCGUUCUCCAUGGUUCAAGCCGCGAUUUUAGGCCAGACUUACGCCAUCUUAGCAGGAGAGCCGAAGUAUCUUGUUUUAGCAGAUGUGCUCCACGGAACGGUAGUUUCGUGGGCACGUGAAGCAAAUAGAUUGGGGGGCUCUUCGCUAUCGCACGGGCAAUCUUCUGGAUGA